AUGUUUUGGCACGGGGAUCGGCGAUCCAAGACGGGACGGCUGGACCCAACAAUUUCUGCCCUUUUGCCCCGUUAUCAGAAGAAGACCUCUCCUGGCGUCGAUCCGAUUCCUCGUCCCGCGUUUCUCGUCGGAUUGCGUACAAACACUGACGCGUCGCUUUUAUUGACUCGUCUGAUAUCCGUUCACAUUUCCUUGUCCAGCUCUCUUGUUUAAUUAUCACUAAUCUCGAGUUUUUUGCUUUCUUAUUUGAGUUGAGAUCAGUUUCCUUUGAGCGUAUUCUCAAGAUCAAAACUUUAAAAAACCAUUAAAAAUCUGGGAGUUUAUGAGAAAAUGGUCCUUUUUUGUUAUGUGAUACCUGAUUAUAUCACUAACCAUUCACAUAUCCUUGUCCAGCUCUAUUGUUUAAUUAUCACUAAUCUCGAAUUUUUUUUCUUUCUUGAGUUGAAAUCGGUUUCCUUUGAUUGUAUUCUCAAGAUCAAAACGUAAAAAAAUAUUUAAAAAAUCAGGCAGUUCAUGAGGAAAUUAUCCUUCUUCGGUUAGGUUAUCACAUAGAUUAUCAUUUACUUUGAGUUCAGAUUUUUUUUUCCUAAUUUCAAAGGGUUUUGGAAGCUUUUUCGUGAAGUAGUUGCAUAUCAAAAAAAAUUUAAAAAUCGGUAAAUUUUAGAGAAAGUGCUUCUGGAUAGACUAUUUCAAAAUUUUUUUUUAAACUCAAAUCUUAUAUGCGUUCAAUUUCCUUGUACAGCUCUUGAGUUUUUUUCUUUUUUUUCCUGAGUUGAGAAAGCUCUUUUUGACUCUCUUCUGUUUAUAUAUCUUCCAUCAUAAUCUAUCCAUUGUUAAAUGUAAAAAAAAAGCUCGAAAAAUCAUGGAAUUUACAAAAAAAUCCUUUUUUAUUCAGUUACCCCUAAGCUUCAGCUUCAGACCUUUUUUUUGAAGUCUAAAAAGUAUUCUGAAGUUUUUUGUGAAGUCGAUUCAAUCUUGUUUGAUUAAAAAAUUCAAUGAUCGGUUAGUUCGUGAGAAUAUAUCACUAGGAACAACUGUUGUCUAGGUAUUCUUUAAUUAUUACUAUAUUUAGAUCGUUUUAUUUUUCUACUGAGAUUUUUUUCAAAAAUCAUAACUUAAUUUCAAAAUUAUAAGCAACAUUGGGGCUUUCAUUAUUUUGAAUUCCAUCGGUGAUUUGCCGAAAAGCUCAUUGAAACAGGCAAAUUGAUCUUUCGUCUUAUUGUCGAGUGUUUUGAUAUCGUUUUAGACUCGUUUGAAAAUUGUUCGAAUCUCCUAAUCAAGAUCUUGUUUCAUCAUCCCGCAGCUUGUCUUUUUUCAGAUGACUUUUCUACAGUUUUUCCCUUUUUCGUCUUAAAACCUCUCAUAAUCCUUUUAAUUUUUUUCUUCGACUUUAUUAUUUUUUUGCGUAACUAAAAUUUGACUUACUGUUUCUGACGAGCUCAUAACUUGAGAAUGUGAAAGCUUCACAAUAUGAAAAAUUUUUUUAUUAUUUUUUUAGUUUUUUUCAAUCUUUUUGAGAAAGGUUAUAAUUAUUUUCUACAUGAAUCCGAGAAAAAUUAACGUUUUAAUCCAAUUAUAAUCAAGCCAAGAAUAUAAUUGGCGUUGAUUCCAAUUUUCUUUUUUCAUAGAAAGAGUUAAUGAUCAACCUCAGUGCUUUUGAACUUAUUAUCUUAAUCCUUGAAAUGAUAAAAAAAUUUGUGAAGGUCAGAUUUUUGAAGAGUUUUUGAACUUCUCUAUUUUUUUCCUUAUUUCAAUUUUUAGUUCUUCUGAAACUUGUUUUCAAAGCUACUUCAGUUUUUGAUGAAUUCAGAAGUCAUAACGGUACCUAAAUUUUGAAAUAAAAAGUUUGAAAAAGUUUAAUUUGAGCUUACAUUAGGAAUGAAAAUUUUAGGAAAUAGCAAAAAAUAUACGUUUUUUCUUGAUAUUUCUCUAGUUUAUAGAUAAUUUUCCUACCUCAAAAAACUAAAAAAAAAAAGAAAAAUUAGCUAUGCUAUAAGUUGUUUUUUUGCGCUCUACCGCUAAUUUCAAAUUAAUACUACUGUAAAUUUGAUUAUUGUUCAUUUUCUUCGAUAUCAAAUUAUGAAAUUUUGCGCUUUGUGGCUGAUUUAAAAUAAAACUCUUGUAGCUUUCAAAAUUUCCGGUUCACUGUAAAUUUUGUGAUUUUCUUGUGUUGUUUUAAAGUUUAAAAUCACCCUGAGAAGAAAUAGCCGCGAUAGAAUGGAAUUUUGCGCUCCAUUGCUAAAAUUCUUCCAAACUCUAAUCAAAUUGCUGCAACUAUGAUCUCUCGAAUGGAAUUCGAUUUCCCAAUACGGAGAAAAAUCGAAAGAACCGAAACAUUGAUCUCUAACGCCGCCUCUUCCCACAAAAACAAUCAAUCAGUUAAUAUCUCGCAAUUUUUCUCACCGAAACUGUUCCCGGUGGACUUUUGGUGUUGUUCUUCUCGUAUUAGGUUCACAGUGAUCAAUUCGCUUCAUAUUUUUCUGUUUUCUUAAGGAAAUCACGUGAGGAGUUCCUCGAACAGAUAGGUCUUUGCAAAACUCCUUGAUUCAUUCAUUUCGAUUCGAUAACAGUACUUUAUCUCACUAAAGCGACCGGAGUAAGUUCUCGUAGGUUUAAAAAGUCAUGAUUUAAAUCAACCUUCCCUCCGAGGUUUUUUUUCAAAGGUGAAUUUUAGGCCAAUUCAUUUAAAGAAUUUUUUUCGGGUUUCUCUGUUCUAUUAAUUUAUUUUUUUGUCUCAUUUUUGGCUUUUUGAAAUCUUUUUUUGGUUGCUUUAAAUGUCGAAAAAAACGCCUGAUUUUUUUAUUUUAUUAGUUAUUUUAUUUUUUUAUAAAAUCAACUGUUAAAUUCACAAAAAAAUCAGAAAUUCAUCCUCCAAUUAUUCUUGAUGCUCAUACGCGCAAGUCGUUUUUGGUCGGACAUUUCUUGAAACGAUAGAGCCAUUCCAAAUGCGACCAUUGACCCUAAACUUUGAAGGAAUCAUCUAAAUUUAUCAUUAAUUCUUGAAAAAAGUGCCAUUUUCCUGAAAAUUUUUUUUCGUCGUUUUUUUUAACAAUUGCGUUAAUUUUUUUCAUUCCAUUUCCAGUUUUCGAGAGAUUUUUUCAAACUAUUGUUUCGAAAUCAUAAAAAUUCCAUCACUGGAAGAAAAAAGUCCAUCGACCGGUUAUUUUAUUCGUCGGGCAAAAAAAUGAUACGCUAUUGUUCUUAUUCUGCGUUUUUGCUGUAUGUAUGAAUUUUUUUCCUAUCUAUACAAAAAGGAAGUUUUUGGCUUUUUUUGAAAGGUUUUCAGAAGAAUUGAGUGAUAAAUGGACGAAAGAACAUUAUUCGAAAAAGUUUCCAUUCUAGGAAAAAAAUAGUUAUUUUUUUAAAUUUCUCCUAGAAAUUUUCUUAUUUUCUGGAAAUGUUUUUUUCCUAUGUCCAAAAAAUCAGAAUACGUAUAUUUUUCCGCCUUUUUACCUGUCAGGAAAUAUUCAAAUCGUGUACUUUUCCCAUUGUGACGUACCGUUUUUGGGCCUUAGUUGGUCUCUUUAAUAUGGAAAUUUCCUUGGGAAAACUCGAAAGAAACGGUUAUUUUCCAUUUUUGGCUUCUGCAGACGCGGGUCGUCGUGGUGGCGGAAUCUGGUGAUGGACGACGACAAAACGGCGCCGCCGCAGCCGGAAAUCGUCAUAUCGCCCGAGUUUCGGUCGGUUUUAUAUUAUUUAAAUUUGAGUAUAAUAUAAAAUGGCCCUAGGGCCGCGUCGCGGAUUUAGAAGCGGUUGAAAUUUUGCCUUUUUUGCGAGUUUCUGUCUCAAAAUGCUCGUCCAAUGUUUUGAACCAUUAAUUAAAGGAACAAAAACUUCGUGUCCUCAAAUAUUAAGACGAUUUAACAUCCAAAUCAGAAGAAAAAGAAGACUGAAAAAUAAGAAGUUGGUACGGGGGACGUCAGGAAUGCAUACAAAUUCUCAAUCCUUUGAAAAGAAGCCAUACAAAAAACUGACCAAAUAUUGCACUCAAAAACAGUUUUUACCUUUCAAACCGGUUUUAAGUGGAAACUGGUCGAAUACUUGGCCGAGAAAAAAUAGCCGCGUUCAACAGAACUAGUGCGCUCCAAGGCACAUGCCGCUAUCUCUCAUCGUCUCCGGGUCUCGAAACGCAAACCGGACACGAAUAAAUGAAAAAAAUCUAAAAAAAAUUAAGUUUGUUUUUUUAUUGAGCGUUUUUGCAGUAUUUUCUCCUAUUUUUUUCUUGGCUCUUGUUAGUCAGAAAAAAAUUUCAUUAUGACAUAAAUCAGCCACAAAAAAACUCAAAUUCCUUGCAAGCUUUUUUUUUUGAAAAAGUUUUUUUGAAGCAUAAAUUUUUUUUGAAUUAUGACCAAAAAAAUCGGAGAAAAACCCUCAAAAUGUUUUUAUUUCUGUGAACUUUCAUAUAAUAUCUUUAGGAAAAAACGAGAUUUUGAACUUUUCACUGAAUUUCCUUCAGAGUUCAUCAGAACUACGUAAUUUUCUGACGUUUCGCAUCAUUUUUUGAUAAGAAUCCACUAUCAAGGAAGAUAUUUAUAACGGAAAGGAGCUAUUAAAAAGGCCUGAAUGAGACAUUUAUGAGACAUUUAUGCUCGUUCUAUGACCUUCCAGUGUUGAAACUUAUCAAAAAAAGUAUAGUUCAAGAAAUAGUUUUUUUUAAAUCAAAAACUAUACAAAAAUCAAACUCAAUUUCAGAGGAAAUGGUCUCGACGAACGGAAUCGCAACAUGUCAUCGGCCAGCGUCGGUGACCGUUAG